UGGAACCCGAACGUCAUCCUCCGUGAACCAUCACGACACAGCGCACUCACGUCCCGACAGCGGCCGCAUUGCCGCGUCCCAUGCCAAACCAAAUGGCGGCUGGAAUACAGCGGUAGACAUUUACUCAUUUAUUUCCCAUACCUACCAAAACCAACCAUGAAUCGCUCCCCUUCUUCCUCGGGCUUGCUCCCGAUGCCUGGCGCCCCAUCCUCGUCAUGGGCUCUCUACCGCGCUCGCCUGUCCAACUUGUUUCGCAGCGCCGACGUCUCGGUGGUAAUCGCCUUUUGGUUGUUUGGCCUAAUCAACAACAUCCUCUACGUCCUCGUCCUCUCGGCCGCCCAAGACCUCGUCGGCACCGCCGUGCCCAAGGGCGCCGUGCUGCUCGCCGACGUGCUGCCCUCCUUCCUGACCAAGCUGGUCGCGCCCUACUUCAUCCACCGCGUGCCCUACGCCGCGCGCAUCGCCGUCUUUGUCGCCCUCUCGUGCGCGGGCAUGUUAGUGGUGGCGGCGGCGCCCCGCGAGGGGGCGGUCGGGGUGAAGUUGUUGGGGGUAGUGCUGGCGAGUCUGUCGAGUGGCGGGGGGGAGCUGAGCUUUUUGGGGCUGACGCAUUAUUAUGGCCAUGUGAGUUUGGCGGCGUGGGGGAGUGGGACGGGGGGGGCUGGGUUGGUUGGGGCGGGGCUGUAUGUGGUGUUGACGGGGUGGAUUGGGUUGGGGGUGAGGGGGAGUUUGCUGGUGGGGGCGCUGCUGCCGAGCGUGAUGGUGGUUGCGUUUUGGGGGAUCUUGCCGAGGGGUCCGUUGAAGGGGUGGAAGGGCGGGUAUGAGCAGGUGGCGGAUUCGGAGCAGACGGCCGAGGAGGAGGGGUUUGAGGACGUGCCCGCGGGUGCGGCCUCGGCCGGGUUGCUCGCGCCGGGACCGUCCGUGGCGGCUACCGCGUAUACGCAUCAUGAGGGAAGGAUGGGGAAGGCGUCGUUCUGGGGGAAUGUGCGGCGGGCGAGAGCGUUGUUUUUCCCGUACAUGCUGCCGUUACUGCUUGUGUACGUUGCCGAGUACACCAUCAACCAGGGUGUGGCGCCGACGCUGUUGUUUCCGCUGGACCAGUCGCCCUUCUCCGAGUUCAGGGAGUACUACCCGUUCUACGGCUUCCUCUACCAGCUCGGCGUGUUCAUCUCGCGCUCGUCGACGCCCUUCAUCCGGAUCCAUCACCUGUACCUGCCGUCGUUUCUGCAGGUCGCCAACCUCGUCCUGCUAACGCUGCACGCGGUGCUCAACUUCAUCCCGUCCGUCUACCUCAUCUUCGUCGUCAUCUUCUGGGAGGGCCUGCUCGGCGGCGCGGUUUAUGUCAAUACCUUUGCCGAGAUCAUGGAGAACGUGCCGGCGGAGGACCGCGAGUUCAGCCUGGGGGCCACCUCGGUCAGCGAUAGCGGAGGCAUCUGCAUCGCUGGUUUCUUGGGUAUGGCCAUGGAGGUGUGGUUGUGCCGCUAUCAAGUCAGCCAGGGGCGUGAUUACUGCCGGCGCAUCGAGUCGGGCUGAGAAUUUUCAAGGUUUAACAGUUUAGAAUGUAUGAGUCUGUACACGGCCAUGUGGUGCAAUGUUCACGCAGACAUGGGGAGCCGGGAGCAUAGACC